AAUAUUCUUCUGCUUGUUCUUCUGCAUUGAAUAUAUAGGGUGGUGGUGGGGCUUUGGAAGAACCCACCUGAAUUAUUGUGCCAAAGGCAAUUCACUCGCCUCACCUUUUCCACGGGCAAACUGUAGUUUAAUCAGGAGUCAUGGGGAUUGUGAGGACGCUGGAGGAAGAGGAGGAGAGAAUGGGGUUCGAGGAGUUCCGGCGCACGGUUCUACUUGCUAGUGCUGCCAGGAAAGACGAUGAAGAACGCCGAGGAUUGCGCAUUUUAUCUGGAGAUUUCAAAGGGGACCCUGAAGAGAAGCUUGUUUGUGUCACCAGCGGCGUUUCUUUCCUGGGACUUGCCAUCGUUAACCAACUCUUGCUUCGUGGGUACUCUGUUAGAAUCAUCGUUGACAAUCAAGAAGAUGUAGAAAAACUGAGAGAGAUGGAAACAUCUGGGGAGAUGAUGAGGGCCGGAAACCGGAAUAUCUCUGUGGUUACGGCGAAGCUGACGGAAAUUCACAGCGUGAUGGAGGCAAUUGACGGGUGCGUAGCGGUGUUUCACACCUCCACCUUCAUUGAUGCUGCUGGAGUCUCUGGAUAUUCGAAAUCCAUGGCUGAAAUAGAAGUGAAGGCCAGUGAGAAUGUGAUAAAGGCAUGUGCAAGAACAACCUCUGUUAGGAACUGUGUGCUCACAUCUUCUCUUUUGGCCUGCAUAUGGAGAGAUGGCACCCAGCAUGAACUCUCCCCUGUGGUUAACCACCAUUCUUGGAGCGAAGAAUCUCUCUGCACCAACAAAAGGCUCUGGUAUGCCUUGGGCAAGGUGAGGGCAGAAAGAGCGGCAUGGAGACUAGCUGAAGAGAUGGGUUUGAAAUUGACCACCAUCUGUCCAGGUCUCAUUACAGGUCCUGAGUUCUUCUGUAGAAACCCAACAGCGACAAUAGCAUAUCUGAAAGGGGCACAGGAAAUGUAUGCAGAUGGGCUGCUAGCUAUUGUUGAUGUGACCAGAUUGGCAAAGGCGCAUGUUUGUGUGCUUGAGGCAAUGAACAAGACAGCAUCAGGAAGGUACAUUUGCUUUGAUCAUGUAAUUGAGACAGAGGAGGAAACAGAGAAUUUGGCUAGGGAAAUGGGAAUGCCAGCAGACAGGAUAUGUGGAAACCAAUUCAACUUCAUCCCCACCAGGUUUCAAUUAUCAAACAGGAAGCUUUCCAAUCUAAUGUCAAGAACAUCUGGAAAUUGCUAUCAUGAAUCAUGAAUGUUGUUAAAACUUGGAUUAUCUUUCUCUAUUUUCUUAGGCAAAGCUAUAUCUAAAGAUCAGGAUCUAAAGAUCAGGCACCUGAUUCAGGAUGUUUUCUUCACCAUCUUUUAGAGAUAUAUCAUCUGUAUUUUUUUUUACAUCUAAUUAUAAACUAUACAAGGGGGA